UCAUAUUCAUAUCGCUUUAACAAUCUCUCUCUCUUCUCUCACUCAAACACAGAGACACACAGCUAAGCUUCCCAUCUGAAAAUAGUUUCAUGUCUUUAAGGACCAUAACCUAUCUUUCUCUCUAGCAAUUAAAAAAAACAGAAUAUAGAGAGAGAAACUAUGGCUCACAUAAAGAUCUAACAGAGACAGUAGUCCCACUUCCCCACCACAACACCAUCUUUGAUCAUCAUCAUCAUCAUCAAUGGAUCCGGAUCCAGAUCAUCAUCAAAGACCAAACUUCCCUCUCCAGCUUCUUGAUUCUUCUUCCUCCUCUUCCACUUCCUUAGCCAUCAUCCCAUCAGCUUCCUCUUCCGAACCUAACUCCGACCCUAACGCUCCCUCCAAGAAACCACCUCCGAAGCGAACCUCAACAAAGGACAGACACACCAAAGUCGAAGGCCGAGGCCGUAGGAUCCGUAUGCCGGCCAUGUGCGCCGCACGUGUCUUUCAGCUCACACGUGAGCUAGGUCAUAAAUCCGAUGGUGAAACCAUCGAGUGGCUUCUCCAGCAAGCCGAGCCGGCGGUUAUAGCCGCUACGGGGACUGGAACCAUACCGGCUAACUUCACUUCUCUUAACAUCUCACUUCGUAGCUCAAGAUCCUCUCUCUCUGCUGCUCAUCUUCGUACAACACCGAGCAGCUACUACUUCCACACGCCUGCGAUGGCUCAACAUCAUCAACAGCUUCACCAGGUGCGUCCCAAGAAUGAGUCGCAUUCUUGUUCUUCUUCUCAGCUCGUAGAUCAUAACCAGAUGGGGAACUAUCUAGUACAAUCAACGGCUGGAUCUUUGCCUACUAGCCAGACUCCUGCCACGGCUCCGUUUUGGAGUAGUGGUGAAAAUAAUACGCAGAAUCUAUGGGCUUUUCAUCAUUCAGGUGACGUUUACAACACGAGCGGUGGCGGUGGUGGUGGUGGCGGUGGAGCAGGAGGUGGAGGAGGAGUACAUUUGAUGAACUUUCCAGCGCCCUUUGCUUUGUUUUCCGGACAGCCUUUGGCGUCUGGUUACGGAGGAGGAGAGCAUAACCAUUACGGAGUUUUGUCGGCGUUGAACGCUGCGUACCGGCCGGUUCAUGAGACGGAAAACCAGGAAAACCGCGACGGAGAUCAUCAUCCCAACCAUCAAGAAGAUGGAAGCACAAGUCGUCAUCAUCAUUCCUAGGCCAGAAAAAGAAAACACACACAAACAAUAUAUAUCUGUGAGAUUUGUUUUUUUUUUUUGUUUCGUUUGUUUGAUUGUUUCUAAACAAGCGUGUUUUGUUUUUGCAUUUCCUUUUUCAUAUAUUUUUUUCUUUACAAAUUUCCACGAGUUCUGAUCGGAUUUCAUUAUUCUUCUGAUUAAUGUAUUAAGUACUUAAGAACGUGA